AUGGGUCUCGCCUCCCAACUGAUGGCCACUCUGCUCUGCUUACUAGCAUGUACCAGCAACAUGGCCCAUGUACACAGAAAGACUAUUGUCCUGCGAGAGGUCAUCAGAACGCUGAACACUCUCACAGAAAGAAAGGAUGCCUGUCUGGAGCUGACCGUAGCAGAUGUCUUCGCUGCCCCAAAGAAUACAACCAGGACGGAACUCUUCUGCAGGGCCGCUACGGUGCUCCGGCAGUUCUAUAAGGAUCACAAAUGUCUAUAUCGCUUCCUGAGGGGGCUCGACAAGAACCUCAGCAGCCUGGCCAACAUGACCCAUUGUCCCGUGACAGAAGACAGGAAGAGUACACUCAAAAGCCUCUUGGAAAGGCUGAAUACCAUCACGAAAGAGAAAUACUUCCAUUCUUCAAGUUGA